UAAGCGUUUAAUCCAAAGUGUAUAUAUGUGUGUGUGUGUGUGAGAGAGAGAGUGUGCGCUUUCCCUUCAAACAACCCAGGAACCGACUCAGCAUUCCCUUUCCUCCAGUCAGUUCCUCUGUCCACUCAGCAUUGCAGCAAAGCAGCAGCAGCGCUGCUCCAAAAACUGGAGCGUUUUUUAACAGCAGCUAACAAUCACAGGAACGGAGUCACAAGACACUCGGUAGUUCAGCAAUUAAGUUCUUUAAGGCGUCAUAUAAUACUUUUUUUAUUACACUUUUACUCCACACACACGUCGUUGUCAGAUGACAUACGCGUGUGAACUACAGCAUUCUUUAGUAGUAUACGUGAGAAUGCCUCAAACUAUGAUUCCUGCUUUACUUUAUUGAAACCAUGUUCUAAGAUGAACUUUCACUGAAUUUUCAAAUUGAUAACUUACUUAAAGCUGCAUCAUCAUAUUUUCCAAAAUGACAAGAAACAGCUACCAGCAGACACAUCUUAACAUUUACAUGUUUCCGUAUGUUUUUAUCUGCGAGUAUGUAAUGGCCUGUUAAAUAACUGAGGCUUAACUGUUUGCUCAGCCUAAACUCUUAAAGAUUAAGUUUCCAUAGAACAAAUGUUUGAACAGAUGUCUGCUAAUAAGGAUAGGGUUUAAUUAACUGUGGGUUUGUCAUUAUAAAGGACACUUCACCUACAAGAGUCAUGUCAUUUCUAAAUCACAUCUUUAAAAGUCCAAACAACUAAGUUAGAAUGACCCUAGUGAAUUAGCUUUUGGCAUUUAUUUGUCACUAUGAUAAUUAUUUAUUUGUCACUGAACUUCAGGUUUGUUAGCUUAACUACCACUGUUUCCGUUUUUUUUCAGCAAUUGCCAGCAAGUUAAAAUGAAUGCCCAAGAAUGCCCAGGUAAAUUUAAACAGGUACAAUACAUUAUGGCUCAAUAAAGUACACCCCGUGACUUACUCUUAACCAAUCACAAUACUGGAUUUCAUCUACCAGUAUUAAAAACGUGUUUAGAAGUCGGAAUGGGUUUAUUAAUGCUUUAUUCAGGGAUUGAUUUAUUAGUUAUACGUCAACAAUAAUAAUUUAAAAAAAACUAUUGAGUUCUAGAGUUAGGUUUUUGAGUCUCCUUGUUGAUGAUUGUCCCGAAUGCGCACCAAACCGCGUCCGGUCUUAAUGCAACGCAAGGGACGUGGGCCUGUUGAUGCGUGGUUUGCGUUUAACGAGGAUCGUAUAUGAAGCACUUUACUGCCACCUUGUGAUUGGAGAAGAAAUUACACCCAGUUCAUGAAACCGGAAAAGAAGCUCUGUGAAAUCUCCCAAAAUAAGAUAAAUUGUGCAACUAGCUCUCUGAUUGACUUAUAUUGAUGACGCGAUUUUGGGAAUAAUAUAGUAUUCGCGUUCAAAAUGGUAGAAUAUUGACUUCCUGUACAUACACUAUCCUUAUAUCAUAUAAACUAUAACAAAUUGUAAAUCGGCUUAUUUGACGAAAUUUCACUUUCUUGUUUCUUGCUCUUCUCAUUUUGUAUCCCUAUGGUUGAAACGCACUUAUUGUCAGUUGCUUUGGAUAAAACGUCAGCUAUAUGGCAUGUCAUGUAAUGUAACAUAUAAUUGUAAAUCCGACGUUCGGUUCAUUCAGCAUGUAAUAUAUAAUACCCCGGGGACUACAGAUGAAAAGUUAAACUAUUCAUCCAUCCAUCUUCAAACCGCUUAUCCUGUUCUCAGGGGCGUAAAAAAGUAGUGUGGAAAACGGUGCAGCAACAGAACUCUGCACAAGUCGUUACACUUUGGGACAGCGUUCUUCCAGAUGCCGAUGUAAAAGAAACAUUGAGGUCUAGCUAAGGCUAUUCCAACGCUGCAAGUCCGUUCAGAUUGUGUGGGUCACUGGCCACGGGUUGAAAGUGGGCGGCAACGCUCCCAAAUAGCAGAUGUUCCAAGUGCAAUGUUCACCUGUCAGCUGUCAUGCGUUUAGUGGUAACCUUGAAACAAUAAAUAAACAUUUACAACUAUAUUAUAUAUUGUUUAAACCUGUUUUAAACAUUGAUUAUUGCUCUCACACCUGGUUUCCUACUGUACAUUUAGGGGGCGCUACCGAUUAGAAACAAUCCAACUCAGGCGAGUCCAUUAAUGCAACUCUGUUGUUUCUACGUCAAGGUUUCUGGCCGACCAAUGUUACGUCUAUUUAUUGCUUUCAAAAUAAAAGUCGAUUCGCCCAAGCUACGUCUAGUCAGUUUUUUGACAUGACUAUGCUUUUGUUUUGAAGCCAGGUUCCUCCCACAUCCGCUGAUACUCUGGCAAACCUGACUACAGUAUUUCAGCAUCACCCAAACAUUAGCUUGUUGGUUAGCUCUUAGCUAACAAACUCUUCGGAAAAUUGAGCUCACGCCAAAGCUGAUCUAUGAGUCGCAAAAAAACCCUCAGCUUGGCCGAGACCGGCCUGUCCCCUGAGCUCCACGGCACCUUCAUGGAGCCCCACAGGUCGGCGAGCCGAACCGACGGUGAUUUUCUGGAGCUGGAGCAUGACGAAGAGCUGCUCUGCUCGGUCAGCGACAUCACCGAGCACCUCGGCAGGAACAUCGCCGCCGUGCUGGAGACAGCGCUGUCGGACAUCCGCAAGAUGGUCAGCAUCAGGAUACGAGUCCUGAAGAUGGAGCUGCGCGAGAAAACCGAGGAAAUCGAGGUGUUAAAGUCGAGACUGGAUACAGCCCCGAGGGACGGUAGGGACAUGUUCCCCGGCGUCGCGACCAUGGAGCCGUCCGCAGACGGCGGCUUCAAAAAACACGAGCUGUGCUCCGGCGUCAGGCACAUUAGCGUCGACCCCAGGAGAGCCAAGCCCGCCAUGCCCGGUGUGAAGAAGGAGAACAUAGACGCCAUCUGUGACUAUCUGAUGAAGGACAAGAACUCGAGAGGGGCCGCGGACGUGGACGGGGACCACAGCAGCCAAGCCAGCGGCGACAGGGAGGCUCGCCCGGAGCCGGACCCGCACUCCCUCCACCUGUGGCCGGACGGCGGCAUGGCCGGCUCGGGGCCCGCGCACGAAGACGCCGAGUCGGCCACCGAUGACCUCUUCAGCAUGCUCCCCUCCGGCAGCAAGCGGAUGUACGACUACGAGUGGAUCGCCCCGAUGGAGUACACCCCAGACAUGAAGGUCAUGAAGGAGUCUGAAUGUGAGGACACCCCAACCGGCGAGACGGAAGACGAUGAGGAUGAUGAUGAGGAGGGAAAUGUGUCGCCGAGGAGGGAGGGGGACCAGGCCCAGGCCCCGCUGUCACACGUCCAGCCCGAUGAGUUCAGCCUGGAGCCCCAGAGCUCUGCAGGGGAGGGAGGCAGUCCGCUGGAGGGCAGCACGGACCGGCCUGUGGCAGGCCAGCAGUUCCCCGGCCACACUUAUAUCUGCUCUCUGUGCGGAACCUUCUGCCCCGACUCCAUGUUCCUAGAGGAACACGUCAAACUGAUACACUCGGACUCCGCCGGCGCCCAGGCCCUUCAGGCGCUCCAGUCCAGCUGCUCAGCCGCGCCUGCGGCGGUGGAGGAGGGAGGCCCUGACCCCAGGAGAGGCAGAGGGCAACAGGACGAGGAUGCGGGAGCCGGGGUCGGGGGCGGCGUGGGCCUCGGCCGGGCAGGGGGCGCGGUGAAAAAGGAGAUCAAAAUCGAGGGCGGCUACGAGUGCGGGGACUGCGGCCGGCACUUUAACUACCUUGGCAACCUGCGGCAGCACCAGCGCAUCCACACGGGAGAGAAGCCCUUCAUGUGUCCGGAGUGCGGGGAGCGCUUCCGCCACGCGGCCCGCUUAAAAAGCCACAGGUUGGUGCACAGCGGGGCCCAGAGCCCCUUCCCCUGCCCCCAGUGCGGGAAAGGUUUCUCCGUGCUGUCGGGACUCAAGAGACACCAGCGGGUGCACACGGGCGAGAGCCCGUACGCCUGUCCACAGUGCGGCAGGCGCUUCAAAGAGCUGGGGAACCUGUACACCCACCAGAGGAUCCACAGCGGGGCCACGCCGUACUGCUGCCAGCAGUGUGGGCGGAGCUUCCGCCACCUGGGGACCUACAAGAGCCACCGCUGCACCCCGCCGCAGUAACUGGGCCUACCACCUUCACUUUCCACUACCUGUGAUACAGAGAAGCCUUCGUCAGAGAGAGAGGACGUGGCGGAUGUAGAGGACUGCGGUGGACUCUGUGUCAACACUGGGGGGCGCUACUUGGGAUGUGGAGAGAGGGGCCGGUAUUCUAAGCUGCUUCUGUGUCAUUUUACGUUCAUGGCAUUUCAUACCCGCAUCAAGAACAGCAGCUGGUUGAAACACGUGACCUCAGUGAUUGGUGUUGUAUCCAUGGGUAACAGGUUCUAGUAUUGGAAGGGAAGGAAAUGCUACCAGAGCAUCUCUCCUGCUCAUCAGCAGAAGGAGUCUACUUAGUUGUCAUGGCUGCAGACGUCUCAUUUUCCAUAUUUGUCAGAGGGCUUUUAGGACAUCUUGUCCAUGAUUAUUCAAAGCCACAGAGAGAGAUUACAGAACCACCUCCAGCCCCAUAACAGCACAGCAAACCUUCUGCCAAUGGAGACCUUGUAUCAGAAGCCACCAGGAAUCACAUGGAUCCUUUCGGAGAUGACGUAGGUCUGGAGAGCAUUGGUAGAAGGACAGUGCCAGUGGUACAAAGGGACGUUCAUACUUAGUGCGUCUUGGGAGAGUAACCCACUGACCCAUAUUGCCCAGCUCCACCUGUUGUGUUGUGUGCACAGUUUGUCCGUGCAGUGCAGGGUUACAAGUGCCAUUUCCUUUUCUCUAUUUGUGGAAGCAGCAUAUUUCAGCUUGGAAAUCAGAACGGACUUGAAGCUGGCUUUAGAAGACAGGUAAUCAGUUAAAAGAAAGCCUAUGUACCCCGGACCGCGUCGUCGGCGUAUGAAUGAAGCUGAGAGCCGCACGGUGUGAGAAUCAUAUAUAGGCUUGAGUAGCUGCUGUGGAGUGUCUUUUUCAUUAAGACCCUCCAGUUCAGCCAACCAGUUCAUUGCUUCAAAGCAGGGCACGUUGUGGCCUGAACCAGUCAGCGAUGGGAAUUGAGAAGCAGUUCCAAAUGGUUCCAUCCAUCAGAGGUUCCAUUGGUUCCAUUGGUUCUGAUGGUUGUGCGUUGCUGAAAUCCAUCUGUCGUUGUGCCGAUGUUGACUCUUAGGGUGAAGGAAACUAGUCUUUUCCUAUUCAUAAUUACAAGAGUUUUUCAAUACUAAAUUCAUAUACUCGCAAGUGGGGUCCAGGAAAUCUGCCCGGUGGGGUUCAACUUGGCAACUUCAGUUAUGUGAGAUUAUAAGAGACAUUUCACACUGAUCCCAAAAAGAAGCAGGGGUUACACCACUGUGAAACAAUGGAAGCAAUGACCACGGGUCUACAGGGUUUUAAUUUCAUUAAUUUAUCUAUUCAAUCAUCCAUCCAUUCAUUUGCUCAUCCAUUUAAUCAUUCAUUCAUCCAUUCUUUCAUUUAUUCACUCAUCCAUCCAUCCAUCCAUUCAGUUAAUCAUUCCCGCCUUAACCUGCAGAGCCUUGGGACUUGCCUCGCCCCGCCUCCGCCCACAUAUGGACUGGUCCUUGGUCCCUCUCUGAAGGCCCUGCGUGGAGCGAUCAUUGUGUCCUUGUUAACCAGUGUAAUGGACGUUACACAGUAUAUAUUGGUUAUUUUAUACAUUUGCCUGUGUGACCGUUCCAAAUUGCCAAAUUGUGUACUUACAGAAAAAUAACCGUGAAGGAAAACGGCCUCACAUGGGUCAUGCGGUGUGUUGACCGAGUUGUUUGAAUUUAGUGAAAGCCCUUUAGAGGAAACCAACUGGAGCUCGAUUGUAAAAUGACUUUUGGCACUUAACGCCAUGUGCAGGACUAAAAGCAAGAAGACACAGCAUCAGUAAUCUGCUCUAAUAAACAGCUGUUUUAUUGUCA